UUGCCAGACCGGAUUGAAGGCUGCAACUGCAGACAGAGAAUGGGGUGGUUUCGGGGUUGUCUGACAGGAAUCUGGGUGGGAGGACACCCUCAGUGAAAUCCAGGAGUCACACUGAGAACAGAAUCCUUGAGAACACAGCUGCAGGGAGGAAAAAACCUUUUGUCACUGGCUGUUUGAAGCCCCAGCCCUUGGCUGCUGUGGAUGGACUGUGCUCCUUGGUGAGGCCGGGAGCUGCUUGGACAGAAGACAUUUCCCUCCCCGUGGGCAACUUGCCUUCAUUCCAUGAGUAAACAGCUCUUCUUUUGCCUUUUAUUCCUCAUGGAUGGCAUUCCCAGGGCUGGGAGCUGAUGUGGAGGUAUCCUGUGGGUUCAGCCAGCCUUUGCUGCUCCAGCAGCUGAUCCCCAUCUCACCUGGGACUCUCCUGCCUUUAACUUUUGCAACAGGCUUCUGACAAAAGACUGACCUGGUUCUCAAGUUUCACUGGUGUGCCUGAAGCAAACCCUCUCCUUCCUCCUAAAGGCUCGUUAAACCUCCACUUGCUGAGCUCCUAAUGCUGCUGUGGCUGAUAGGGGAGAGACAACAGAGGUGACAGAGUGAGCUGACAGAAGCAGCAAGAAGCAGAGGCUUUGUCGUUGACUGCUGCCACCGGACAUGAACAACCUGGAGGAAGGGGUGGAGUUCCUCCCUGCCAUGAACUCCAAGAAGAUGGAGAAGCGUGGCCCGAAGCGGCGGGUGGUCGUCGCCGUCACCGUCGUCGCUUUCCUGCUCAUCUCCCUCGUCACCGGCCUCCUCGUUUGGCACUUCAAGUACAGGAACGCUCCUGUCAGGAAGGUUUUCAACGGCCACUUGCGGGUCCUGAACUGGGAUUUCCUUGAUGCUUAUGAGAACUCCAGCUCCCCAGAGUUCCUCAUGCUGGCCCAGAAGGUGAAGAGCACGGUGGAGGAGAUCUACAGGAAUCAUGCAGAUAUUGGCCCUUACCACAAAGAGACAGUGAUAACUGCUUUCAGUGAAGGCAGCAUCAUUGCCUACUACUGGUCAGAGUUCCUUGUCCCCAAGUACCGUGAGGAGAGCCUGGACAGGGCCAUGGCAGACAAGCAGAGCCUGGUGCAGAGGUGGAACCCCCGUCUGAGGAACCCCCUGCUGAAGGUGGAGUCGGUCGUCGCCUUCCCUGUUGACCCCAGCAUAGCUUCCUCAUCUCGAGACAAUAGCUGCAUAUUUGCUCUCCAUGCCAAGGAAGGGGAGGUCACCAGUUUCACCACGCCGGGCUUCCCCAACAGCCCCUACCCCAACAACGCUCUCUGCUACUGGGCACUGAGGGCAGAUGCCAACUCUGUCAUCAGCCUGACCUUCAAGACACUGGAGCUGGAGCAGUGCAGGGAUGGCAGUGACUACAUCAAGGUGUACAACUCCCUGAGCCCUGUGGAGCCUCAUGCUAUGGUCAGGCUCUGUGGGAAUUAUGCCCCUUCCUACAACCUGACCUUCCUGUCCUCCCAGAACGUCCUGCUCGUCACGUUGGUUACCAACAAGGAGGGGAGAUUCCCUGGCUUUAAGGCUGAGUUCUUCCAGCUCCCAAAGAUGAAAGCCUGUGGUGGGACUCUGAAAGGAGAGAGUGGCACCUUCACAACUCCCUACUACCCAGCACACUACCCCCCAGCCAUGGACUGUGUCUGGAAGAUAGAGGUUCCCUCCACAAAGAACGUGAAGGUGCGUUUCAACAUGUUCUUCGUGCUGGAGCCUGGGAUCCCUGUCACCUCCUGCACCAAGGACUAUGUGGAGGUCAACAGCACGAGGUACUGUGGGGAAAGGUCCCAGUUUGUGGUGGUCAGUGCUAGCAACAAGAUAGAGGUGCGUUUCCACUCAGACCAGUCCUACACAGACACUGGCUUCUCUGCUGAGUACCUGUCCUACGACUCCAGCGACCCCUGCCCUGGCAAGUUUACGUGCAACACGGGGCGCUGCAUCGACAGGAGCAUGCGCUGCGACGGGUGGCUGGACUGCGUGGAUGGCAGCGAUGAGAGAGGCUGCACCUGUACUGACCAGCAGUUCAAGUGCCAGAAUGGCUGGUGCAAGCCCAAGUUCUGGGUCUGUGACAACGUGGACGACUGCGGCGACAACAGCGACGAGCUGCAGUGCAGCUGUGCAGCAGACAGCUUCAAGUGUGACAACGGGAAGUGCAUCCCCCAGGCACGGCAGUGUGACGGCAAAGACGACUGCGGCGACGGCAGCGACGAGGGCAGCUGCAGCAACGCAGCCCGCACGACCGUGACCUGCAAGGACUACACGUACAAGUGCCGCAGCGGGCACUGCAUCAGCAAACAGAACCCUGAGUGUGAUGGGGAGCAGGACUGUGAGGACAGCUCUGAUGAGGACAACUGUGCCUGUGGCACUCGCUCCUACACCAGGCAGUCUCGGAUCGUGGGAGGGCAGAACUCAGACGUGGGGGAGUGGCCAUGGCAGGUCAGUCUCCACGCCAGGGGCCAAGGGCACAUCUGUGGGGCCUCACUGAUCUCCCAGAGCUGGCUGGUGUCAGCAGCCCACUGCUUCCUGCAGCUCCAGGGCAUCAGGUACUCAGAGCCCAGCCUGUGGACAGUCUACCUGGGCCUGACUGACCAAGGGAGCCUCAACGGUGCCAACGUGCAGACGAGGAAAGUGAAGCGCAUCAUCUCCCACCCCUACUUCAACGACUACACCUACGACUACGACAUCGCCGUGCUGGAGCUGCAGAGCCCAGUCACCUUCUCCUCUGUCAUCCAGCCCAUCUGCCUGCCAGAUGCCACCCACAACUUCCCAGUGGGCAAGGACCUGUGGGUGACUGGAUGGGGGGCGACUUCAGAAGGAGGCACUGGAGCUUCCAUCUUGCAGAAGGCUGAAAUCCGCCUCAUCAACCAGACAGUGUGUAACCAGCUGCUGCCCGACCAGCUCACCCCCCGCAUGAUGUGCGUGGGCAUCCUGACGGGCGGCGUGGACGCCUGCCAGGGAGACUCUGGGGGGCCGCUGGUCAGCGUGGAGCCCAGCGGGCGCAUGUUCCUGGCCGGCGUGGUGAGCUGGGGCGACGGCUGCGCGCAGAGGAACAAGCCUGGAGUGUACAGUCGCCUCACCAGCCUGCGUGGCUGGGUCAAGGAGCAGACAGGCCUUUAAGGACCUUUAGGCCUUUAAGGACCUUCUUUAGGCCUUUAAGGACCUUCUUUAGGGCCUUCAGGGACACACUCAGACUCGUAACCACCGGCCCCGACUGAGCCGUGCGGUAGUGGCGGCUCCUCCGGGCAGAGCACGGCCCAACUGUGAACUCCAACCCUCCCUCUACCUCGCUGCCAGCACCAAGGACGACUCCUCACCAGGCAGAGCUGCUGGUUGAGUUUAGACCCUUCCAUGUUCUCACCUCUCCAGGUAGAAGUUCCUUGUUUGGGGUCUGAGGAAACGUCCUUUCUGUGGCUGAAGCGGCUCCUGGGGACAACUUGAACGAGCGGAGUCAUCCGAGGCACAUCUCUAACUGAAGCUUCCUAAUCAUGCCAAUAAAAUCAGUAACAAAAGGAAAAGGACAAACCCUUUUGUGUUUCAGAGGCACAUUUCAGUGGCACAGGUUCAAAACCAAGCUGGCACAGAAGGUUCCAAGGCCUGGGUGUGUUUGCAGCCCUGCCGUCCGCACCCUUCCUCUGCUCCUCAGCCCUGCUUGGGGGUAAAGGAGUUGGUACCAUGGGGGGAUGAUUUUGGAGGGGGGGAUCCCCUCCAGGAUCCCUCCCAUGGUUGUUGUCCCACACCCUGGCCUCCUCCUUCCAUCCUUUGUCCAACUUGGCUGCUGGGCACAGCGAGUCCAGGGCUGUGGGACUGGAAGGGAGAAGUUUGGCUGCUGCAGGCUGUUGCUCCCCUGGAGGGAAGGGGGCAGAGCUGGAGCCCAGAGCCCAGGGGCAGCAGCACCGGCUGCCUUCAUGGCUGACCCAUUCUCAGCUCCUCCUGCACCAUCCUCAUCCUCCCAGCGAGCAGCAGGAGGCCUGAGCUGCCUUUCCUGGAGCUCACCCCUCGGCUGGGCUGUGCCUGGCAGCAGCCUCUUCCAGCCUUCUUGCUUUUUGCAAAGGAAAAAGGAACAAUGUGAUUUGUGACUGUGCUGAUUUGAUUCCCUUGUCCUGUGUAGCCCUUUCCCUUCCCCUUACAAAGAGCACACUCCAAGAGGGUUGAGUUAACCCCACUCCCCCCCUCACCCCUUCCCCCUGCCUGUAAAUACAUUGUUUUGUAAAACUCUGACGUGGAGAAGCUCUAAUAA